AUGUCGGAACCUAGGGGAAUUCAGCAACCGAAGAGUUCUUCAUCUAGACGACUCUCGAUAGCAAAGCUAGCUAGAUCACCAAUUUCAGAAUCACCAAUUACUUCGCCCUCAAUUAGAAACGGAAUUAACUCUCACUCUUUGCCUGGUAAUUCUCCGUUUUUGAAAGAACAUCUAAUGAGAAAUGACAAUGAGUGUAUAGAAUCAUCGUCUUCUAAGUCAUCCAGUAAAUAUAAUGGCAGUGAAAUCUUUCAUGUUGGAGAAGAGAGUGGUGAUAGAGGAAUGGAAACAGAUUUUUCAACAGGAAUCGAUGAUCCUAAGAUUAUAAAACAAGUGCAUAGGCAUUUGCAAGAAGAAAAAGUCAAUGCUUUGCAAGCAGAGGGAGGAGAUAUUACUAGAGAUUUAUAUAAAAUUGCGGACCAGGAACAUAGACCUAAGGCUCCAAAACGUUCCCGUAGUUUAUCAUCAUCUGAAUUGGAAAAUACAAGAAGAGGAUCAACUGCCAGUUCACUUAACGUUCCUGGCGGAUUUAGAAGACAAUUUAUUAUGAAUAAUACCUUCAGGACCAAGAAUCCAAAUUUUUUAACAAGAAAUUUUGUUGAGUUCUUAAGUAUUUAUGGACACUUUGCGGGAGAAGAUUUAGAGGACCAAAACGAUUUAAUUGCAUGCCAUUAUAAGGCAAAUGUACCCAGUCAUUAUGAUAUUGUUGAUGAAGAAUCAUUGUUGUUACCAAACCAAGAGUCUGUAAAGAUUAAUCCAAAGGGAACUGCUACAGAUAAAAAAGCCUACUUUUUAUUAUUGAAGGCAUUUGUUGGCACAGGGGUUUUAUUCUUGCCAAAAGCAUUUUCGAAUGGAGGAUUAAUGUUUUCAUCACUUGUUUUAGCCUUCUUUGGUUUACUAUCUUUUUGGUGUUAUUUGAUUUUGAUUCAUGCUAAAUUAGCUACUAAAGUAUCAAGUUUUGGUGAUAUUGGACUUAAAUUGUACGGAAAAUGGCUACAGCAAUUGAUUUUAACUUCAAUUGUUAUCUCUCAAAUUGGAUUUGUUGCAGCAUAUAUUGUUUUCACCUCAGAGAACUUAAAAGCAUUCGUUGGGAGUGUAACAAGCAUUGAUACCAGCGAUAUUCAUAUCAUGUACUUUAUUUUCAUUCAAUUGAUCAUUUUUUUGCCCCUUUCUUUGAUUAGAGAUAUAACAAAAUUGUCAUUACUGGCAUUGUUGGCUAACGUAUUCAUUCUUGUCGGAUUGGUGACUAUAUUAUACUAUAGUUUUUAUGAGCUAUUAGUAGUGAACCAUGGGGUUUUUGGGCAGAAUAUAGAAUACAUUUUCAAUAAAGAAGACUUUUCCUUAUUCAUCGGUGUCUCUAUUUUUGCAUUUGAAGGUAUAGGCUUGAUUAUUCCAAUUCAAGAAUCCAUGAUCUACCCGAAUAACUUUCCUAAGGUUUUAUUUCAAGUGAUUGCAACUAUUUCAGCAAUAUUUGUAGGGAUUGGUUGUUUGGGUUAUCUCACAUUCGGCAAGGAUGUGAAGACCGUGAUCAUACUUAAUUUACCCCAGGGUUCUCCAUUCGUUAUUAUGAUUCAGUUAUUAUAUGCAUUUGCCAUUUUACUUUCCACGCCGUUACAAUUGUUCCCAGCAAUAAGAUUAAUUGAACUGAAAUUGUUCACAAAAACUGGCAAAUAUUCAUUAAAGGUUAAGUGGCUAAAGAAUUUUUUUAGAUUUGGUUUUGUCUUACUUACGGCUGUAGUUGCAUUGGUUGGUGGACAAAACUUGGAUAGAUUUGUUUCUUUUGUGGGAUGUUUUGCAUGUAUCCCUCUUGUUUAUAUGUAUCCCCCUAUUUUACACUUGAAGAGUUGUUGCAAAUAUAGCGAUACUUUUAAUAAGACUGAAAAUAGGAAAAGAUUUUGGUUGGGGUGCUUAGAUUAUGUUUUAGUCAUAAUUGGUGGUAUUGCAAUGAUAUAUACUACAUAUCAAAUUGUGGUAGGCUAA